AAGCCCAGCCCCCGGGAGUGGGAGAGGUUAUGAAGUGGCUAGCGUGCUCGGAGGCCCCGACGUGCGGCAGCUGAGCCGGGCCCAGCGCGCUCCCUCUGGCCCGGGGAGAGGUUUGAGCUCGGGGACCCGGGGUGGCUCCUCGCAACGCGUCGGGAAGUACGGGCGAGGGCUGAGGUCAGAGUCCUCCGCGCCUGGGGCUGCUUUUUCCGGGCGCGGUGCCUCCCGGGGGCGCACCCCUUGUGCAUGGCCUCGGUCUCCGCGACAGCGGCCGGUUGGCUGUCACAGGGGCCCUCGGUUGGCCCUUUCCUGCUUUAUAGCGUGCAAACCUCGCCGCGCCGGGGCCAAGGGACAAGUUGGAGCUGUUGAUCUGUUGCGCAAUUGUUAUUUUCCCCAGGGCGGCUUUGUCUUUGGAUUUUGCGUUUCAGAAUUGCAAUUCCAAAAUGUGUAAGGCAGGAUAUUCUGUUCUGUGCUGUCAAGGGACAUGGAUUUGAUUGACAUACUUUGGAGGCAAGAUAUAGAUCUUGGGGUAAGUCGAGAAGUAUUUGACUUCAGUCAGCGGCAGAAGGAGUAUGAGCUGGAAAAACAGAAAAAACUUGAAAAGGAAAGACAAGAACAACUCCAAAAGGAGCAAGAGAAAGCCUUUUUUGCUCAGUUACAACUAGAUGAAGAGACAGGUGAAUUCCUCCCAAUUCAGCCAGCCCAACACAUCCAGUCAGAAACCAGUGGAUCAGCCAACUACUCCCAGGUUGCCCACAUUCCCAAACCAGAUGCUUUGUACUUUGAUGACUGCAUGCAGCUUUUGGCAGAGACAUUCCCAUUUGUAGAUGACAAUGAGGUUUCUUCGGCUCCAUUUCAGUCACUUGUUCCUGAUAUUCCCAGCCACAUUGAGAGCCCAGUCUUCAGUUCUCCCAAUCAGGCUCAGUCACCUGAAACUUCUGUUCAGGUGCUUGCUGCUGAUUUAGACAAUAUGCUGCAGGACGUUGAGCAAGUUUGGGAGGAGCUAUUAUCCAUUCCAGAAUUACAGUGUCUUAAUAUUGAAAAUGACAAGUUUGUUGAGACUGCCAUGGUUCCAAGUCCAGAAGCCAAACUGACAGAAAUUGACAACAAUUAUCAUUUCUACUCAUCGAUCCCCUCACUGGAAAAAGAAGUAGGUAACUGCAGUCCACAUUUUCUUAAUGCUUUUGAGGAUUCCUUCAGCAGCAUUCUCUCUACAGAAGACCCCAACCAGUUAGCAGUGAACUCAUUAAAUUCAGAUGCCACAGUAAACACAGAUUUUGGUGAUGAAUUUUAUUCUGCUUUCAUAGCAGAGCCCAGUAUCAGCAACAGCAUGCCCUCCUCUGCUACUUUAAGCCAGUCACUCUCUGAACUUCUAAAUGGGCCCAUUGAUGUUUCUGAUCUGUCACUGUGUAAAGCUUUCAAUCAAAACCACCCUGAAAGCAUAGCAGAAUUCAAUGAUUCUGACUCUGGCAUUUCACUGAACACAAGUCCCAGCAUGGCAUCACCAGAACACUCAGUGGAAUCUUCCAUCUAUGGAGACACACCACUUGGCUUCAGUGAUUCUGAAAUGGAAGAGCUAGAUAGUGCCCCUGGAAGUGUCAAACAGAAUGGUACUAAAACACAGCCAACACAUUCUUCUAAGGAUACAGUGCAACCACUGUCACCAUCUCGGGGGCAUAGUGCUCCAGUGCCUGAUGCCCAGUGUGAAAGCACACCAAAGAAAGAAUUGCCUGUAAGUCCUGGUCAUCGAAAAACCCCAUUCACAAAAGACAAACAUUCAAGCCGCUUGGAGGCUCAUCUCACAAGAGAUGAGCUGAGGGCCAAAGCUCUCCAUAUCCCCUUCCCUGUAGAAAAAAUCAUUAACCUCCCUGUUGAUGACUUCAAUGAAAUGAUGUCCAAGGAGCAGUUCAAUGAGGCUCAACUUGCACUUAUUCGAGAUAUACGUAGGAGGGGUAAGAAUAAAGUGGCUGCUCAGAAUUGCAGAAAAAGAAAACUGGAAAAUAUAGUAGAGCUAGAGCAAGACUUAGAUCAUUUAAAAGAUGAAAAAGAAAAAUUGCUUAAAGAAAAAGGAGAAAAUGACAAAAGCCUACAUCUACUGAAAAAACAACUCAGCACCUUAUAUCUCGAAGUCUUCAGCAUGCUUCGUGAUGAAGAUGGAAAACCUUAUUCUCCUAGUGAAUACUCUCUGCAGCAAACAAGAGAUGGCAAUGUAUUCCUUGUUCCCAAAAGUAAGAAGCCAGAUGUUAAGAGAAACUAGAUUUGGGAGGAUUUGACCUUUUCUGAGCUAGGUUUUUUUUUUUUUUUUUUUUGUACUGUUAUACUAAAAGCUCCUACUGUGAUGUGAAAUGCAGAAAUAUACUUUAUAAUUCUAUGCAAAAUUUUAGCGAAAAUUAGAAUAUACAUAAUAUGAAACUUUAAAAAGCAUUAAAGUAUCAGUAUGUUCAAUCACUAGUUUCACUUUAACUGUAAACUUAAUUUCUUAGGACACCAUUUCAGCUAGUUUCUGUAUAAGUGUAAAUACUACAAAAACUUUUUAUUUAUACUGUUCUUAUCUCAUUUGUUACAUUCAUAGAUUUAUAUAAUACAUCUGGCUAAAAGUAAAUUGUUGCAAAACUAACCACUAUGUACUUUUUUUAUAAAUACUGUGUGAACAACAAAGAAUGGCUUUUUUUAUAUUAAAUUGUUCAGCUGUGGCAAAAAAAAAAAAAAAUUAAAGAGCUGGUACUAAUAAAGGAGUAUUAUGACUGUUAAAUUA